CUUUUUUUUUUUUUUGCAGCAUCAGUACCGCGCUCGUAUCGCAUUCGUUUGCUGGAGUCGGAGCGCGCUGCGGGGCGACACUGCACCGCCAAGGAGGACGCACAAGCACCGUAGAGGGGGGACUAGAGAAAAGGAAAAAAGACAGAGAAGGUAGAGCACAGGGGAGACUCAUAGCCUACCCCCUCAUUUGAAUACUGGUAGAAAAUAUAAAAUUGUCGGACCUUUGGACAUAAGAAGACAACGAGGCGGAAAAACCCAGGCGAUUAUAUUUUAGCCAGCACGGCGUGGAAACAAUGAAGGAUCGUACACAAGAACUACGAAGUGCUAAGGACAGCGAUGAUGAUGAAGAAGUUGUCCAGGUUGACCGGGAUCACUUCAUGGAUGAGUUCUUCGAACAGGUGGAAGAGAUCCGAGUCUGUAUAGAUAAGCUGUCAGAAGAUGUGGAGCAGGUCAAGAAGCAGCAUAGCGCCAUCCUGGCAGCGCCCAACCCUGACGAAAAGACCAAGCAGGAGUUGGAGGACCUCACAGCUGACAUCAAGAAGACAGCCAAUAAAGUCCGCUCAAAAUUAAAAGCAAUCGAGCAGAGCAUCGAGCAGGAGGAGGGGCUGAACAGAUCAUCUGCAGACCUGCGAAUUCGUAAGACACAGCACUCAACGCUGUCACGCAAGUUUGUAGAGGUGAUGACCGAGUACAACACCACGCAGUCCAAAUACAGGGACCGCUGCAAGGACCGUAUCCAGAGACAGCUGGAGAUCACUGGGAGAACAACCACCAACGAGGAGCUGGAGGAUAUGCUGGAGAGUGGCAAGCUUGCCAUUUUCACCGAUGAUAUCAAGAUGGACUCUCAGAUAGACAAGCAGGCCCUGAAUGAGAUUGAGACCCGACACACCGAGAUCAUCAAGCUGGAGAACAGCAUCCGUGAGCUGCACGACAUGUUUGUAGACAUGGCCAUGCUGGUGGAGAGCCAGGGAGAGAUGAUUGACAGAAUUGAGUACAACGUGGAGCACUCCGUGGACUUUGUGGAGCGGGCUGUGUCUGACACCAAGAAGGCUGUCAAAUACCAGAGCCAGGCUCGCAAGAAGAAGCUCAUGAUCAUCGUCUGCUGUACUAUUUUGGGAGUCGUCUUGGCGUCCACUAUCGGCGGAUACCUGGGCUUUUAAUGACGACAACUACGAAAGACUGCCGCAAGAGAAAAAAAAACACACAGAGAGAAAAACAUCAAAUACAAUAUCAGAUAAGGAAAACGUUCUAAAAGGGGUUGGGUGGGGUUGAAAAAACAAAGACAAAAAAAAAAAAACGACAUUAUAUCUGACUAAAUACAUAACGUAUACAAAAAAGAGGGUACAAAUAAACAUAAUAUUUGCAAUGUUCAUGUAAAUGUAUUGAACAUAAGAAACAGCACAUGGGUUAGCUACCUGGAAAGAAAUAUGACGUAAAACAUUUUUUUUUAACGUUUCUUUCUUUUUGGGGGGGAUCUCCAGGACAGUGCCAAUGACUGCUAAAUUGUGUGUUGUUCCAGCAAAGGUAGUUUACUUGGACGCGAUUUUAGAACAUAAUGCACAAAACUGUAGAAAGGAAUUGGGAUGAUCGGUGUAGCUUAUUUCAUAGAUACAAUAAUCACGUUUCGUUGGGAGAGACUGACUUUGGUUUUGGUUGAACAGUGUCUUUUAGAGACUUCUCAUGAGUUGAUUAUUCCUGUAAAUCACGUUAAUCAGCCAGUCAAAUUAGUGUAGUCAACUUGAGCAACUUGCCAAUUGGCUAAUCAAAUCUCCUAGAUAGGCAUUCAUUUGCAACAAUGUCUUUACUUCGACCAAUAGGGACAAGAGCUUACACCCAUGGAGCUGUUACAACGGCAGAUGAAAGGCCCUGGCUGACAGACAGAUGGAGGCGUCUCCUUUAGGGCGUGGCACUACAGUAGCAGCUUUAAAAAAUAACUGACAGUUUGCAGGUGCUCAAGAAAAGCCCUGCUCUGCUCUUAUCCAUACAGUAGAAGCAUGGAGAGAGGAAUGUCUCCGGGUCUUCAGCUAAUUCGAAAUGCCUGUAGCAGAAACCAAAUUCUGAGAGACAGAUUAGAGAGGUGAGACAGGAGGGGGGGUGGGGUAAACCGACGGUCAAACUAUGCAGUUUUGACAAAGAAAGCUGACCAGCUCGAGUUUUCCCAAGGAUGUUAAAAGAGAACAAACAGAGACAAAAUGUAUAUUAUAAAAGGUUGCAAGAUACACCAGAGAGGUAAGGAAGAGAGGGAGGUGAAAGAAAGAUGGACCUUUAGCCGUCAUGCCUGUUCUACAGAUGUUGCUAAAAAUGGGGAACAUGUUAAAAAGUAAAGAUGAAAAUUUAACAACGGAAUCUGAAAACUUGAAAUGCUGGCUAGCCCUGGUGUAGAGUCUCAUGUCUUACUUUGGAAGUGGUUAGUUCUACUGUGGUCGUGUAGUGUGUGACGUGUCCUGUGACAUAUAGUCUGGCCUCAUAUUUCCUUUAUGGACCUUCUUUAGCUAUAUUUUGCAUUUUGCCGUUUGCUUUAUUUUAUUAUCAAAGAUACAAAACAUAUAAGCAAAUGGGUACUGUGAAUGGAACAAGUUUGUGUGCCCAUCUCGUGAAAUUUUAUUUUUUACUAAGCAAAGUAUAUUCUUAAAAAACACGCAACUAUAGAAUCUAUUCACAAAACAUGUUAUUUAUUAAUAAUUUAACAAUUGGUAGGUCAUGUUGAGCUUUUAGGGAACCUAUUCAACCCUCUGCUUGUGUUGUUUGGGUGCUAUUUCAUGAAGAUGGGCGUUUUUCCUCUUAAUAUUCCAUUGAUGGUGCUGAAGUAUUACCAGUUCAGAAUGCCAAGGUUAGGAGAGAAUACUGUGCUCUAUGAUUACACAUUCUAGAAAUGAAUGCCAUUUGAGUUCAGGCUAAGAACAGAUAUGAAUGCUGCUACAUUUAUCUGAAGGAGACAACUCUACCUUGCCAAGGAAAUAUGCAUGGCAACAUGAUACGGAUGUCAUAGUGACUCUGUUGAAGCCAGCACUGUAAAGUCGCAGAUUAAGAUCCAAUUGUGGGAAUAACUGGAUCAAAAUCAUGACUCAUGAGCCUUGCCCUCGAAGUCCCAAUUCCCUGGCUUGCGUUGACGGUGUUGGCGCCGACUAGAUGAACUAAAGCGUUCUGACUGUUUGGGGUCACCUUCAUGGAAUAGUGUCCCUGUGUGGUUCAUAUGGCAAGGCCCUACCCCCUGUGAUCUAGAUUGGACAUGGACCUAAUCAGAAUGUAGAAUAUACUCUACGAUCAAUAGAUGUUGAAAAAGCAAUAACUUUAUUGCUGGUGUAUUGAUUUUAUUUUAUUAUAGUCAAUUUAAAGAUGAACCCAAUUAUCCUUUGAUGUUAGCUUCCUAUAUGUAAGAUCUUCAUAGGAUAUAAGUUGUAGCCUAGCGGUUAAGAGUGUUGGGCCAGUAACUGAAAGGUUGCUGGUUUAAAUACCUGAGCUGACUAGG